AUGCCGCACGCAGAGACUAAAUGGGUGAAAUUCGGAGAUAUAAGGACGAUCGCGUUUAUGGGGAAGGAGACGAUUGCAAUGGCCUCCGGCCUCCACAUAAUAUUCAUAAAUUUGAAUACAAAGGAAGAGCGAGUGGAGAAAUUCGACAGCAAGGAGAGGGGGGAGGGUGCUUGCUGCUUGGCGGGACAUCCGGUUGUCCCCAUGUUCGCGAUCUCGGAGAGGAGGGCCAAUCCCAAGGUCAGGGUGUACACAUACCCGUCUGUCAAUAAAGUUUCUGAAUGUAUUUACGGGGAGAGAAACUGGACUGGGUUUAUUUCAAGUGCAUUCGCGGGGACCGAUUAUUUGCUGACUUUAACUUCUUCCCCCAAGUUCAAGGCUGUCGUCUGGCUGUGGCGGACUGGGGAGUGCUUGAACACUGUGGAUACUGGCGUUUCGGAUGAAUAUCAGACGAUGUUAUGUUCUCCAACAUCUCCACCCCUCAUAACCCAAUUGGGCCGCCCAUCCGGUCGCCUAAAACUCUACGAGCUCAACAUCUGCUCGAAGAUCGUCUCCCUCACCCCGGCCUCCCUCGCCCCUUCCCCUGAAUCCAGAAAAUCCGAGAAGAUCACAUCGUCCUCCUGGACUUACGACGGCAAUCUCCUUCUCUCCGACGACCUCGGCAACGUCUACCUCACGCCGACCGACGGAAAACGUCGUCAGCAAGUUCUGCAAUCCGAAGAAACGACCCCCCAUCUCGCAGGACCUCUUGUCGUUGCCUUUCGAGGUGGAGUAGCAGUUGCAAAUACCUCUCCAAAAAUCCUCUUCUACAGGAAGCCUCCCGCGGAGCGGGUCAAGUCUGGAAGUCCUUGGAAGAUCAUCUGGGAGAUUGAGACGAGCUCCCCAGUACUGUACCUCUCGCGACACCCGCAGAGAGAUAGCAUCCUCCUGUGCUCGAUUAAAGGCGAAAUAUCUGAAGUCAGUGUCGGGGAUGACGACAUACCGAGGCUCCAGAUUAUCUGCCAACAGGGCUCUGGACAUUUGUUUCUGGUCUCGGUACAUCCCGGACGAUUUAUCGCAACUGUCGACAGUUUUGAUGGAUUUAAUUUGUUUGAGAGUCUCACUGGAAAAUUAACUGGGAGGAUGUGGCUCGGGGAGUACGGCAGAGCACUAUCCGUUCUGUCUCACCCUGUCUUACCACUACUGGCAAUAUCCACUGACACAGGGAGAUGCCUAAUACUGAAUGUUGCUGAAGCAUCUGACCCACUCGUGCACAACUGCUUUCAUUUGAUCAGAGAGCCUUUGGAUGCAGCAAAAUUCUCGCAGAGUGGAAGAGUACUCGGGGUUUGCAGCACUCGAGCCGGGAGGAUAUUCAUCGUCCGGGGGUUCGAGGGCAAUAUUCAUGUUUGGGGCCUCCUGGAGAUCUCGGAGAAGAUUGCUGAUUACCUCAUUUAUGAAGAUGAAACCGUACUAACUCUUGUUCAGAGCAAUAAACAUGUGGCAGUGGGUAAAUACAUCGCUGUGUACAAGACAACAGGUCCGGAUUAUUUCGAACUUCGGGAUGUUGUUAAAUUACCGAGAGUCUACGCCAGUUUACAUUGCGGGAGUGAUUUUGGGGAGAUUAUCGCGAGUCCUUUUUUGAGUAAACAGUUGCAUUUAAUUAAGUCUGAGGACAAUUUCGAUAAAUUUAUCCUCACAGAGGCAUUAUCCUCCUCCCACCGUCUGCGAGAUGUCAAAAUAAACGCGGAUACUAGGUACGUCGUGACGUUUGGUUACGACGGCCUCGUCGUGAUAAGAAACAGAUCGAACUUGAGUCAACUUAUCGCUGUCCUCACGACCCAUCAUCGCCAGGAAGGUGGGGUCAAGCAUGCGGUCCCCUGCCCCUGCAACAGCAUCCUCGUUACUCUGGGGAAAAACGGGAAUUUAGUUGCAUCGAAAAUCAGUCAAUUGGAGUCGGCAGAAGUUGGCGAUCACGUCACGAGUUUUGCGGAUGCGAAGGUUGUGCUUUCAAAUUCCACUGGAGUGGAAUUGGAUGGAGAUGGUGAUUCUACGUGGAUCGAGUUGAAGGAAAUAAGAAAACUGGAGAGGGAACGCAAUGAGAUGGCGAUCGAAAGAGCAUCGAUAUUGUCUGAUUUCGAAAAGCUGAGGGAUAGGUUGAAGGCACUCAUAGACGACAACGAAAAAGCAUCAGAGGCGGCCAAAUUACCCCUCGAGAACUUCGACCUGGAUAAAGAGGGCAGAGCAAGAGCCAUAGAGAACAACCGCGAGGAGCAGAAAAACUUGGUGAGAAAACUCGAAGAGAAAGCAUCACGCGAGGCUGAGAUCAGUGAAUUUCUGAGGAAACUCUGCUGGGAUUCGAUGCAAGUCCCAGCCUGUGCACUUAUAUCGCUGGAUGGGAGGGUCAGAGUGGACAACUACGCAUUGCCACGAAUAAGUGACCAGGAAGAGGAAAGGAGAGCGUGGGCGAAAUUCUACGUCGAUUUAUCAACGAAGCUCUCCAGUGCUGAGGCAGCUCAUGGAAAGGCCAUCCCCCCGACAAAAUACCCCCAGGAGAGAGAGCCAAUAGAAAAAGCUUCAGAAAAGGUCUUGAAUUUAUUGAAAGGUGACGACAAUGACGAGGAGGAGAAAUUCGCAUUGUCCGGAACAACGACGCACCGCUGGAUACGUGAGGACCCGUCACGCGUGGUGAAUCAAAUUUUACGAGACGGUAGCCACUGCGAGGGUGUAAAGAGAAAUAUACUCGGAAAAAUUCGAGAAGAAAAAUUGAAGAAACACUUCAACAAACUAUUCGAAGCCAUGCAUUCCCGAAAAUCGAGUGAAAUAAAAUUAGCCAGAGAGCGUAUCGCGAGGAUUGAUCACUGCACCUUGGAGCUGAGACAAAUGUUUCAAGUGGAUUGUACCGUAGAUCACAGUUGGUUAAAACUCGAGUGGCAAGAAUCGGAGAGACCAGAGAGUAUGGUCGAGGUCGAGGAUGAGGAAGUUUACAGAGUGAUAAAUGAUUCAGGGAGCGAGGCGAACGUGAAACGUUUGGAUAAUUCAGUGACGCGUGAAGAAACGAGCGUUUUAGCGGAUACUUUCAGGACUGGAGAGUUGAAGAAGAUGAUGGACGGUGUCCUUGAAGUCAAGUGGGAGGACGAGAUUAAGAAGGACAUUCCGAGACCAGAUUGCCUGAUGAAGGAUCCCUCGAGCUGUUCUGCGGACGAUUUGAGGAUUAUUAAGAACUAUGAGGAAGCUUUGAGGCGGUUAGAGGGCGAGAGGGAAAAAUAUAGGAAAUGUUUGGAGAAGGAAAUUGAGGAGUUGACAGAAUCUCUAAAAUCCAGUGUCACCCAUUUCAACCGAGAAAUGGAGUUAUUCUACCUAAAACGUCUGAAAGUAGAAUCCGCGGUUCUCCAAGAGACGCUCAUGCGUCUCCGCGAGUCCCAGCGACACCAUCUCCGUCUCAAGGGAAUGGAGGCUUUCGCCCAUCUGGAACUCAACGAGCUAGCUCCCGCCCAGGAGCGCACAAAAAAACUGAUAGACGACUCCUCUGCCCUCGAAUCCAAUGUAAACGAGAGCCGAGUAAGAUACGACAAUUUAUCGAAACGAGACAAAUUGCUCGAGGGGAAAUUCAGGGGUGAAUUCACGGACUUGAAACAGCCCAUGGUGGACCACCUGCUGCGGCACUACAAGAAACGCCCGAGGCUCGGGCAAUUGACAUGCACAUCAAUCACGUACCUCACAGAAAUGGGAAAAUGUAUUUUGAGUGGAGAAAAGUCGGAGAUUCUUCCCAGAGAGUGUCUGGAUUAUUCAAAGGGGAUGGAUAUGUUGGACGUCAUGCCCAGUGGUCUUCCCAAUCAGAUCGAUGGCUGUCAUUGGAUGCUUUUGUGCAAAUUACGAAGGUCGAAAGUAGAAAUCGAAAUUCGUUUGAAAAGCUGUGCAGUGGAGUUGGCCGAAGCCGAGCAGACCCUAACAUCCCACCAGAAGGCGAUUCAAACAUCUCAAAAUCGAGUCCAGCAGUUACGGGAGACAAUAACCGAGCGCAAACGACAGAACGUCGAAGCAAUGAGAGACAUGAAGGUUCAGCUUGUGUUGAAAAUGGGACAAAUAGAGACUCAGCUCAGUGGCAAUCCCCGCGACUUGGAUAACGCAGUUCUAGUGCCAUUCGACGUGGUACUUGGGAUUAAUGAUGCCAUUGUCGGUGCUGGACGUAAAAAACUUGGGGCUAUGAAGCGAACGAUGGAGUUUCGACGAACCAUCGAGUGGCGAGAGUGGCGUCAUGCUUGUAUGAAGAUGACAUUGGAAGAUAUGAAGGAGGAUUUGAAAAUACUGCAGGGAGUUAAGGUCACAAGAGAGAUACAAAGGUACCUGAUGCGUCACGAUGCCGUGGGGGGAGUGGACAAGGACACGCACAUCACCGAGAAGAGUAUCUUAUCCAAAAAGAAGCAGCGGCUCUCGACAAUCCUGGACACCGAAAAAUCCCGGCUGUUCGAUAUAAUAAAAACGGUUAAUCAAUGGCAGAAGAGGAACGAUCGUCUUGAAGAUAAAAUUGAAAAAGUUAAGACUGAGAAUUGCAAAAUGUCACUGCUCGCUAAUGACGAGGCGAGGGUCAGGCAGGAGCGUUUUGUCCGGGCCAAGUUGAAGGCUAUUAUGAAGAGGAAUAGACUGGUGAAGAAGAUAAAGGAUAAUUACGCCGAGCUUACGUCGCUUCGUACGCAGCUGGAGCUUCUCCGGCUCAAGACGUACCCGACGUUGAGGCUUAAGGACGCGAGACAUUUGAGGAAAAAUUGA